AUGUCUGCUUUGGUUUUGCUCUUGUGUCUUUCCUGCCUGGGCUCAGUGCAGGCUGGGAAGUUACUGGUUAUUCCAACAGAUGGCAGCCAUUGGAUAGGAAUGAAGCCUUUGGUGGAAGAGCUUGGAAGUAGACGUAACCAUGUGGUCGUUGUUAUCCUAGAAGCAAGUCUGAGUAUGGGUCCAUCUGAUCAUAUUCUGACAUAUCCGGUACCCUACACCAAAGCCAAUCUGGAGGAGAGGGUAAAUGCAGGCAUUUCUAACCUUUUUAAUGCAGAUAUAUCUACAAAUCUAGGGAGGUUUAGAGGAUUUAUCAACACUAUGGAUAUGUUUAACUUUCUCACAUCACAGAACCUCGAGAGUGUGCUCUUUAAUAAGGAUUUGAUGAAGAAACUAAAAGACUACAACUUUGAUGCUAUUCUCACAGAUCUAUUUGACACCACUGGUGUUAUUAUUUGUGAAUAUCUCUCAAUUCCAGCCAUUUACACGCAAACAAGUCACCCUUGUGGAGUUGACAGUCUAGCCAGUCAAUGCUCAAGUUCGCCCUCUUUUGUUCCACAACCAUUAACAAAUUUUUCUGACCGCAUGAGUUUUUGGCAAAGCGGUGUUAACCUCAUAAGAACUUUGGUGCAGCCCAUGGGUUGUAGACAUUUGUUCACUAAUGCGAAUGAGAUUGCCUCACGUGUUCUACAGAGAAAAACUUCCAUGGUGGAGAUCAUGAGUUGUGCUGCUCUCUGGUUUAUGUGGGUGGAUUUUGCAUUUGAAUUUGCAAGACCUGUGAUGACCUAUGCGUCUUUGUUGAAGGACUGGAUAGCAAGAAACCGAAACCUCUGCCACAAGUAA